UUCAUUUAGCUAGUUGAAUUUAGUUUGCAUUUGAAUGUCCGGUAUGGCCGAACUGAGCCAAUACACGGAGACGGAGGAUGCGGAUGACAACAGCAGCAUCACAGACUUAUCCCUAAUAAUGCAGCAGCAGCAGCAACAGGCGAUGCGUGGUGGCGUUGGCAAGGGACGCCUGGACAGCCUGCGUGAGAAUCUGUCCAAACAACAGGAACGUUUGACGGCGCUGCGUGAGCGUGCUUUGAGAAAAUCCGAGGAUGCUGGCAUUCGACGCAUGUCCAGCAUGAGUGAUUCAAUGGAAUCACUAAAAUCGCUGGGCCCCAAACAUACCAUGCUCAAGACACACAAUAACGCGGCUGAGGAGCAGCUGCUGGAACAGGAUUUCUCAACGCCCGCAAGGCACACUGGCGUCGGGGGGCAGUUGGAAUUUAGCGGCAGUGAGAAACUGCAAAUGCUCAAUCAGCGCACCGAGCAGAAUCGUGCGCUGCUCGAGCAGCGUAAACGGGACAUGGCCAAAUCACUACAGUCCGUCAAAUCGGGUCUGAGGCAGAGCGUCAGCGGUGAACUGGGCUCCUCAAUGAACGAUCUGCGUGCGUUGACGCAGCUGACGACGAUGACGGCGGCAACGCCAGUUGCUCGACAUCAUUCGGCUGUUGAUCUGGAACAUAUGCCGGGAAGUACGGAUGAGGGACGGCUGAAGCUGCUCAAGAACAAGAUGAAGCUCAACGAGAUGAAGCAGAGUCGCAAGGAGCAGGAGCUGCAGCAGGAGUUGCACGAUAUGCGCCAGGAGUUGACGCGUAGCGAGCAACUCGUCCAGCAGCUGGAGAGCACGCUGUCGCAGCAGAGCGAACAGCUGGAGACACUGCGUCCGCUGGCCGAGCAGUUGCGCGAGCGUAACGCCGAGCUGGAGCACAGCAGUGAAAUGCUGGAGGCAACUCGACUGGAGCUGCACAGUGCCAGGGAGCAGCUGUUGGAGCAGCAGACCAACAAUGCUUCUGUCGCUGCGGCCUCCACGGAUGCCCAGGUCAAUGUGGAGCUGGCCAAGCAGCUUCAGGAGCUGGAGAAUCAGCUGCAAGAGCUGCGUAACAGCAGCGCCGAACAGCAGCCGGUGACACAGCCAAAGGAUGAAGUCAGUGAAUUGGAGACAACCAUUGCCGAGCAGCGGAAGGAGCUGGCGGCGCAAGCCGAACAGCUGGCGGAAAAAACAACCGAGCUAAAUGUGCUCAAUGUGAAUUUGCGUGUGCUCGAGGAGAAGCUGACGCAGAGCGUCAAGAGCAAGCCCAUCUUUUCGGAUGCCAGCGAUUCCAUUGGCAGUGAGCAGCUACAAACGGAUCUGCAACAGCUCAAACAGAAGCUGGAUGAGUGCAACAAGAGCAACAUCAAGCUGAAGCUCAAAUGCAAGCAGGCGGAGAAGCAGCUACAGAAAAUGCAGUCCACGGAUGCACAACAGCAGCUGGCGCAAUUGAGUGCCGAGAAUGAGCAGCUGCAACAGCGCAUCACUGUGCUCGAGGAUGAGAAGGGUCAGUGGCAAUUGGCGCAUGUCGAAACAGAUGAUGUGGAACAGGAGCAGGAGAAGGAGCAGCAACAGCAACAGGUGACUGAGUUGGGCAGCAGCAGCAGCAGUAGCAAACACAAAUCCAGUCAAACAGCUGGGCAAACGGAAACCAUACGCCUGCUCGAGGAGCAAAAGGAGGAGCUGCAGCAAGCACUGGAGGCACUGCAGCGAGGCAGUGAAUCGGCGCGUGUAGUUUCCGAGCUGAGCGAACUGCAGCUGGAGGAGCAGUUGACGCAGCGAGUUCAACAGCUCGAAACGGAGGCGCAGGAGCAGCAACAGCAGCUUAGCACACUGCAAUCGGAAAAGGAGGCACUUGACAAGAAGCUGACGCACUACAUCAACGAGAACAUGGAGCUCCUAGACAAGCUGGAGAAGCUCAGCUCUUCCAGCUCCGCGGAAUCCAUUGAGAUUGUCGAGCGGCCCACAGAGCGCCACUUCAACCAGCGUCCAGCCAGCGAGGGAGAUGCUGACACAGAACGGAAUGAUGCUGCUGUUGCAGAUCCUAACACUUCCUCCACUGCCAUGGAGCCCGCCAUCCAAUUGCCCAGUUUUGUGAGUGAGCUGACCCAAACGGAUGUCCAGAUCAACGAGAGCAUCGAGCUGCUCCAAAAGAUCGAACUAUUCACGAACGAACGGCGCGAAGUGCUGGCCAAAAUGGAGCAGCUACAGUCGGAGAAUGCGUCGCUUCAGGCGCAACUGGACGAACUGCAGCGGGAUAAGCAGCAUUUGUCGCUGCAGCUGAGCGAGAAAUCGAAUCUCUCGCAGGAGCUGAGCUCGAUGCAACGCUCCUCCGAGGUGGUCGCCGCCUUGGACGAAGGUGGCGCCCCACUCCUGGACAAAUGUGAGCGUUCGCUCUCCAAGCUCAGUUCCGAGUUGGAGGCCUAUCGCCAGGCCAACGAUCACAAUGCCAAACUGAAUGUCUCCAAGAAGCUGGCCAAGGAGGCGAAAAAUGUGCUCAACCAGCUGACGGAGCUGCUGCACAAGGUGAAGGAGGCCAGCAGUGCUGUGGAAACGGUCACCGUGGUGGAAACAGUUGUCGCUGUCACUGCACCAAAUGGCAAAGCACUAGCGGAAUACGAGAAGCUAACGGCACAGAAUGCGGAGCUGAAAUCAGCCCUAGCUGCCCUCGAAGAGGAGCUCAACGAACUCCGUGAUAGUUGCGAGCCAGUGGAGCAACCAAAACCCACCCAAGCCAUCGAGCAGCGGCAGCAACUAGAGUUGACAGCGCAGCGGGAGCAGGAACGAAAGCAGCUGGAAUCAACAAUUGCUGAGCUUCAUGCGACACAAGCGGCCCAGAAGCAGCUGGAGCGCAAUAAUACGGAGCUGCGGCAAAAGCAACUCGAUGUGGAACAGGCGCACCAGCUCGAACUGGACCAGCUGCAAUACCAGCUGGCCGAACAACGUGCCAGCGAGCGAGAGCAUCUGCAGCAGAUAGCCAGCCAGGGUGCGGAGCUGGCGCAGCUGCAACAGCAAGCGGAGGACUACGAUCGGACGCUGAACGACAGCGAAAUGGCGCACGAGAAGCACAUGGAGCAGCAGCAACGUCAGCGGCACGAGCUGCAAUCCCGCAUCGCAACCCUCGAGGGGCAGCAGGGCAUCCUACAGGCGCUCGUCGCGGAGCAGAAGCAACAGCUCAUCGAAAGCUACAGCGAGAGUGAGCAUGAAUCGAAUCUGAAGCUGCUGGAGUUGCAGCAGUGCCGCCAGGAUCUGGAGACGAGUGAGACGCGCAACAAGGAGCUGCGCGACAAGCUUAAAAAGUAUGCACUGAAUCUGAAGAAGCGCGCCGCCGAGCAAUCGGAACUAGAGGCUCAGCUGCAAAAGGAGCGCACCAAAGUAUUGACACUUGAGGAGCAAGUAAAGUCCACAGGCGCCGAGGAUCAGCUGCAGCAGGAGCAGCAAACGGUGAUGGAACUGCAGCAGCAAUUGCAACAGGAGCAGAAUAUCCAGCUGGAGUUGCGAGAGCAACUGCAACAGGAGAAACAAAUACAGCAGGAGUUGCGACAGCAAUUGCAGCAGGAUGCCAAUGCCUUGCGAGAGCAAGUGGAGCAGGAGAAAAAUACACAGCAGGAGUUGCGACAGCAACUGCUGCAGGAAGCGAGAAGUCAUGAGGAGCUGCAACAGCAGCUGGCCCAGCAGCAGUCCAAACUCUUGGCCCUGUCCAACGUGAAGGAGGACGUGCAGCGGCUGCAAGUAGAUCUCCAGAAUACGACGCAUGAGAAUACGACACUGCACCAGGAGAUCAGCGAACUGGAACAGCAGAUGGAGAAGCAGACGAACCAGCUGUCUCGCCAGCUGGAGCAGAAGUCACUCAAGUUUGACAAGUCCAAGGAGGUCAUCAAGAAUCGCAAUGCUACCAUACAGGGAUUGCAGCGUGAACUGGCCGAGCUGCGUGUCCGGCUCCAGGAACAGCCCGAGGAGGUGGCCGAAGCGGAGCAGGCACAGAUGCAGACACAGCUGCAGUCACUGCGGCAACAGAACGAACAGCUUACCGCGGAAAAGGUCAACUUUGAGCUGGCCAUUGGACGGCUGGAGACGCUACAUGAGGGCAUUCAGGCCAAGCUGCAGCAGGAUCAGUCCUACAUCGAAUCACUUGAGACGCAGAAUGCUGAGCUGCAUGCGAAGAGCGCUGCGCUCGAGGAUCAGGCGGCCGCUGCCAGUGCCCAGCAGUCGCAUAGUCAAGAGCAAUUGCAGCUGGUGGAGCAACAGCUACGAGACCAGAGCGCCCAGCAAGCCAAACACGAGGUGGAGCUGCGCGAACGCGUCAAACAGCUGACGGAACGAGAGCAAAGCCAAUGUCGACAGCUGCAGCUGUUGGGCAGCGAAGCGGAGGAGGCACGCGAGCAAAUGGCAACACUUCAAACGACCCACGAAACGCUGCUGGCGCGCCACAAACAACAGACCCAGCAGGCCCAACAGGCACAGGCGGAACGUGACCAACUGAAUAGCAGCAGUGAACAGGAGCUGCACGAGCUGCAGCAACAGCUGCAGCAGCGCAACCAGGAGUUGUUGCGCCAGCGUCAACAGUACGAUGCCAAGCUGGCAGCCAAGGCUACCGAACUGGACGAGCUCGAGUGCGAUCUAAGCGCGCACAUGGAACGGGCGACGGCAGAGACGCGCGAUCUCACCCAAAAUUUGGAACGGGUCCAGGAGCAGUUGCAGGCACGCAACGAGGAGCUGCAGCGACUCAACGAGGAGCUGAUCGAUCUGGAGCGCGAACGUUCGACGUUGAGCAGGGAGGCGGUCUUUUUGCGACUACAGCAGGACAGCGCCGAGCAGGAUGUGCUCGAGUCGCAGGAGUUGCGCAUGCAGGCGCUCCAGGAUAAAACCGAAAUGGACAAUCUGCGCACACAGAUCGAUUCACUGUGCGCUAAUCACAACCAGGAACUGCAGGCACUCCAACAGCAGCUGGCCGAACUGGACACUCUUGGCCAGAAUCAAACGGACGAUCAGGUCUACAUCGAGACGGAGAACAAGCGACUCGCCGAGCAGCUUCACGAAAUGCAAACUCGCCUCGAUGAACAGGCCGAACAGAUUGCUCGACACCAGCAACAACAGCAGCAGCAGCAGCUGCAGCAACAACAGCAGCAACAACAGCAGCAACCACAGCAGCAGCAUCAGCAGCUGCAACAACAGCAGCAAACUCAACCGGCAGCAGCUGCGAUACACUUCCAAGCACCGGCCCAGGUGCAGCCUCAGCCUGCCGACGAUUGGCUGUAUUCGUGGUCCCGACCGAACCCCAACAUGAUGCAAUCAAAUCAAAGGCAGUCCUUGGAGCAGAAUAAUCCUCUGCCUGCGCCGGCGAUAUUCUUUGGCGGGGAUGCAGCAGCGGCGCCAUCGCCCUUCGAUGAGAUUGUUGCCCCGCCGCUUAGGGUGACCACACAGAAUAUGGGCAUGGGCAUGGGAAGUGGUAUGGGUGACUUAAGCAACGCAGAGUCGACCAUUGAGGAUCUGCAGCGCAACGUGUCCGAUCUGGAGAAGCAUGCCAAGGAGCUGGAGACGAAGCUGUUGGCGCGCAAUCUGGCGCUGGCCGACCACGAGGAGCAACGUGCUCAGCUGGAGCGGCUGCUCAACGAGCGGGAACAGGAGCUAGCGCAACUGCGCUCCGCUGCCGAAGAGCGGGAACGAGUGGCGGCCAUCGAAAAACUCAUGCUGCCUCCGGAACAGGAGCAGGUAGUGCCGGAGCCGGUGAAGACGGCCGUGGCUCCCACACUGGACAUGUUCUUUGGCGUUGAUACGGUGACGGAUGGUGCAGCUGCUAUGAGCAACCUGGAACUGGGCAUGCCACAGACAGAGCCCGUUGUGGAGCCGCUUAUCCAACCAAAGAAGGCUUAUCUCUGCUAUCCCGACGAGCAGGAACAGCAGCAGCAACAGCAGAUAGACUGGGGUGUCGACAUGGACGAGGAUCCUUGGGCAUCAGCAGCAGUGCAACAGCAACAGCAGGGCAUUAGUCCUUCAGCAGAUGCUGUUGCAAUGGCAGCCCAGCAGUCCAAGAUUGAACAGCUGGAGCGCGAGAAGUCCGAGCUGCACACGAAAACGGCAAAGCUUAUGAAACGGCUUAAGGAGUACCGCAGCAAGGAGCAGCAGCAUCAACAACAGCAGGAGCAAUCUCUGGGUGGCAACAACAACGAUCUGGAUGGUGCCAUCAUUGAGGAACUGAAACAUCAGCUGGAGUUGCACGAAACGCGUCAAACGAAAACGGAGGAGUUGCUGCAACAACAUGCCCUCGAGAAGGAGAAGCUAGCGAAGCGCAUCGAUGUCCUCACCGCGGGCAAUGAACGGAUGGCGGAGCUGAAGGAGCGCCAGGAUAUGGAUGUACAGAUGUAUCAGGCGCGCAUACGUGAGCUUCAAGAGAAGCUGCAGCAGCUCGAGAGCUGGGGUGAAGAUGGAUCAGGAGCCGUACCAGCUGCAACAGCCACAGUAGCAACUAUAUCUCCAGAGUCCGUGGCCAGAAUAGAAAAUCUGCAGGCAGAGAAUCAGGAUUUGAACAGCGAGUGCCAAGAGCUGCAGUCGCAGCUGGAGCUGGAGAAGCAGCAAGUACAGCGGGCACAGGCAGAAGCGGAGCAACUUCAUCUACAGUUGAAGGAGUUCAACGUCAAGCAGCUGGAGCUAGAAGAGCUGAAAGCAAAGCAGCUGGAGAUGGAGGAACUGAAAGCAAAACAGCUGGAGAUGGAGGAACUGAAAGCAAAACAGCUGCAACUGGAGGCAGUAAGAGCUAUGCAACUGGAGGAGCUAAAACUCAAGCAACUGGAACUGGAGGAGUUGAAAAUCAAGCAAUUGGAGCUGGAGAAGUUGAAAGUCAAGGAACUGGAGUUGGAGGAGCUAAAGGCCAAGCAACUGGAGCUGGAGGAGCUAAAAGCCAAGCAGCUAGAGUCAGACCUGAAACCAGCUACGCCCAGUGAUGAGAGCCAGGUACUGCUGCAGGAGAAGGAAGCGGAAAUAGUGCAUCUGAAGCAGCGCAUCGAGGAGCUGAUGCGCGAGGAUCAAACCGAGAAGCUCGUGGUAGAGAUACUCACCAAAAACCAGGAGCUUCAAAUGCUGCGCAUGCAAAACAAGCAACUUCAGGAAGAGCAUCAGCAACACCAGCAGGAGUUGGAGAAAUUAAAUGCCAGUCAAGCAGCCAAGGAAGUGGAGCAUCCAGAUGCCAAGGUGGAGUUGCAGCGUGAGCUGGAACAGCUGCAACAGCAUUUCGCACAGCUGCAGCAGGAGAAAUCCGAAAUGGAGGAGGAGCUGCGUGUGCUUAACAAUCAUGUGCUCUCUAGCCUGGAGCUGGAGGACAGAAUGAAACAGACCAUUCUCGAGCUGGACAUGAAAAACAUCGAGAUAACCGAGCUACGUAAAUCGCAGCAGACACAGGUAUAUGUACAGGCAGAGCCAGUCUCACCAGCACCAGCAGCAGUACCCGAUCUCACUGCUCUCAACAAGCAAUGGGAGGCGGUUGUGGAGCAGAAAUGCAGCGAGGUGGCAGGCAUCUGGCAGGAGCAUCUUGCCCAGCGUGAGGCGGCCUACGAGGCACAAAUCCAGCAGCUGACAGCGAAAGUGGCAUCACUAGCAUCUACUGUAGCACCUACUGGCCAAGUGGGCGCCACCAGCACCACGACGGAUGAUGAUAAUGGCAACGAGAUGCUGCUCAAAAUGCAAAAGGUAUUGGAGGCACAAGAAAUGGAAAUUGUGACACUUAAAGAACAGCUGGCGAUACGUUCAGCGGAAUAUGCCCGUCUUGCCUCACAAUACGAUCCCUUCCGGCUGCAGAAUACGCUUGGAGCUGUAGCUGCUACUGCCGGUGCCAUGUCAACGGGGAGUGCCACCAGCCAGGAGCCGCAGCCAGAGUACGUUCUAAAAGCGGAUCUCGACUAUGCGCUGAUGAUGCUCCAUCAGCGGGACAUGCGGGUCGAGGAGAUGAUCGUCGAGCUGGUCCAGCUGCUUGAGGAGCGUGAUCAUCUGCAACUCAAGCUCUCAGACACACUGCGCCAGCUGGAGGCCGAGCGCAGUCGCAUCAGCGACGAACCAGGCAGUGCGGGGCAUGCGACGGGCAGCGCCACUGUCAACGCUACCAGCACCACCAACACCACAGCCACCGGUUCGUCCUCAUCGGCCACCUCGGGCAGUCCAAGCAAAUUCAGCAUUGGCAGCAGCAGCAGCGAUCUAUCCGCCUCUACAGCUGCCAGUGGCAGUGAUCUGAAGCAAAAAUUGGCCGAGCUGCAAACUGUGAAGCAUUCCAAGGACAAGGUGAUUGUCGAUGAGCGCGAGCAGCGUCUGCAGCAGAUGAUUCAACUGCAAAGGGACAUGGCUAAGACAUCAUCGUCAGGAGCAACGAUAGCGAUUGCACCAGAUGGAGCAGCAGUCGCGCCAGCACCAGCAGCAACAGCAGCGACUCCAUCUUAUCCGCAGCAGCAACAGCAGCAGCUGGAUAUGGAUCCAUCACAAACAUCGAUGCGUUCGCCCCCAAUGGUACUUAUGGAUUGGAUAUUGGGUAAUAACAAUAAAACCGAGGACGGUGCUCCUCAGCCACAGCCACCUCAGCCGCAACCGUAUUCAUCAUCGAACAACUAGCACCGAAUAAAGUUUCGAACGCGUUGCACCUAGUUUGAAUGAAAGCAAGCAAAAAAAUCUGGCUUAUCCAUUUAUUUUUGAUUUUAAAUUUAGCAUUAGAGUUCUAUAUUAUGUACCUUGGAUGAAUGAAAAAAAAAAAAAAAACAAAAUGCAAAAUCAACCAAUGAUAAACAAAAAGAAAGUAAGAAAAUAUUCCCGAAUUGUAUAGCCGCAGCAAUAAAUGGGGCACGCCUACGUUUUAUGUUGUAGAUAUGUACAAAUUGUAAAAAAUUAAACGUUAAUAACAACACAUUAAAAAAAAAAACAACCAAAUCGAAAGUAAAUAAAAUUUGAAACAACU